ACAUCAAUGACCUGCCAAUCACACGUUCCAUCAUCACUCUUGUUUGUUUAUUUUGCGAGAUGCAUCUCAUGUACAGUUUUCAACACACGCUUGAGGUCUGUCUAUCAGCGUCAACUUGACGUCGGACGAAUGCUUGGUCCAAGGAUCUCAAACACGGACGACCAGAGAAGAACCCUGCAUAGAAUUUGGGAUCGCAUUCGGGGAGGCGGACAUGUGUAUCUGAACCAGCUCCUACAACGAGCAAGACAUGCAGUCUGGGAGAUGUCAGAAGGAAUACCGAUCGGCUGUCCUGCAUGCAAGAAGUCGCUGAUCUCAGGGGCCAGCAAGGCGAGCAAAUUGAAGAAAGCAUGCAGUCUUUAGGGGGGGGCAAAGUCAAUGGGAUGCGGUUUUGGGCCCUUCAGCAGGCUCUCUCCAGCAUGUUUUACACUUCUGCGCGCAGAGCCGCUCAACCAUCACCAAUCCGAGUCACUUUCUGUCCGGUCCGUCUGCCGCCCGGCAAUUUUAUUUUCUUCGAUGCGGCACACUGCCCCUGGCCGUCUCCUGCACCAGCAAGUGGCAAUCUCGGGACCGCGCUAUUGAAACUCUGGCAGACGUCAGAUGACUGCCUUUGUCUCCCCAAGCCGCGAGCCGCACCUUCCUCGAACGCCCUUCUCGAGCACUUCCAGCGCCCUGAGAUGUUGUGUUUCAAGCCUGCCGACCCCACGGGGGCUUCGUCGCGACCACCUGGGGUAUCGAUAAGCCCAAGACAUCCUGUGAACAGACCCCGCCAAAGGCCCGAGAGAUGUCUGGAAUACCACCUCUGUCUUGCCUC